AGAAAGCAGUAGAAAGUCAUAUCCAUAGAGCUAGAGCUAGCUAGCUAGAGCUAGAGAACUAAGCUACGUCUAUACUGUGUCUACUGUAACAAUACGUCUAGUCUAGGCCUUUGCUAUAUUCUUAGACUGACACUUAAUAAGAGAUAUCCAUGGAGGCAGCCAAUAAGAAUGCUGCCCUUCAGUGGCUGGGCAAGGCUAAGGUGGCCCUACAGGAGGGCAAGACAGAGGAGGCGGAGAGGCUGGCAAGCAAGUCACUCAAACUGUGCCCGACCGAAUAUACUAAAGAAUUUCUAAACAAGCUACAGAGCUCAGAAGGGUCGACCCCGUCUAAGCCGGCCCCUCCCUCAGACUCCACUCCUCCUCCCAAGGAAGAAUCCAGUAAACCCAAGGAAGAAGAACCAAAAACGUCUAAAGAGAGCUACACUCCAGAGCAAGCCAAGGCUGUGAAAAGAGUGCUUGUCUGCCAUGACUACUAUGAGAUUCUGGAGGUGCCUAAAACUGCCACUGAAGCUGAGAUUAAGAAGCAGUACAAACGCCUGGCACUGCAGCUCCAUCCCGACAAGAACAAUGCUCCUAAAGCUGAUGAUGCUUUCAAAGCUGUGAGCAAGGCGUAUGCAGUUCUCAGUGACAAAGACAAGAGAAACGAUUAUGACAGGUUUGGAGAGGAUGGGCUGAGGGCGACCAAUGCAUACGCUGAGCCAGACAUUGAUGCUGAUCAGAUGUUCAGAAUGUUCUUUGGAGACUCUUUCUUUGGAAAUGGCUUUGGGCCAUCGUAUUCUGUCCAUCGAGAUCCGUUUGGUAGGACAGUGUACAGACGAAGGACAGGUCACAGUAGAUAUGGUCACAGCCAUGGGUCACAUUCACAUUCCCGUCAAGAGCCGGACAGUGGCUUGGCCAUGCUUUGUCAGCUAGUGCCAAUAGUAAUUCUUCUAAUUGUUGUCCUCUUUGGUAACGUAUUGACUGGAUUUUUCCCUUCAGCAAGUUUCUCACUGUAUCAGUCAAACUCAUAUCCAAUAAAACGAUAUGUCAAAGACUUUAAUAUUCAGUAUUUUGUACAGAAAUCAUUUGCUCGUGAGUAUGUGUCCAAUGAAAACCUGUUAGCAUCAGUGGAGAAGGAGGUGAUAAAUGAGUACUUAUGGAAUCUCAAUCACCAUUGUAAUAGUGAGAAAUACUCACGGAGAAGAAGAGGAAAACAAGAAAAACCUGAAAGUUGCCAAAAGCUUGAAAAACUUAGGAAAAAACUGUCAAAGAAGAUUGGAAAAUAGUUUGUGUGCAUUAGUUUUUAUGACACUUUCAAUUGUUGUAUUCACCCAUAGAUAGUAGAGAUACUAUCUGUGAUUCACCUUACAUUAUUUUGUAUUUGGUUUGUGGUAAUGAUCGCCAAAUUCAAUGGUAGU